AUGACGCACCGACAAGGGAAACCUCGCCCAUUCACCAUCCUCCUAAUGGGUGUGACAGGGUCAGGUAAAUCCACCUUUGCAUCCCUCGCCUCGGGCCAGGACCUGGAGAUCGGACAUGGCCUGGACCCCUGCACCAAGCGCCCGGAAGCAGUCCGCUUCAAGCUGGACAACCGGCCGGUUACUCUGAUCGAUACGCCUGGAUUUGACGAUGAUACCAUGACCGAUAUCGAGAUCCUCCAGAACGUUUCACAAUGGAUGUUAGGUGAGGGUAUGAUAGGACCCACGAACCAGACCCUCGAUGCGCUUAUCCUUGUCCAUCCUGUCACGCGAAACUCCCACAGCAACAUGGAGGUGAGGCGAACGCGGCUCCUGGAGAAGCUCCUGGGCAAGGACGCCUACAAGCGUGUUACCAAUUGUCACUACCAUGUGGGACAGUCUCGAGGCCCAAUGAUCGACCAUAGGGCCGAGCGGCUCAUGUGUUUUGGCGCCGAGCAGUGGAAUCAAUGGGAGGCGGAGAAUGAGGAGCUGGAUAAAAAAUCUAAAAGACAUGAAUAUCAGCUCAAGAAGGUGAAAGGAUUGCUGGGGAAGUCCUAUGGUCUGGGAUUUGUGAAGAGGCGAGCUUCGAACUACAUCAACGGACAAGCCACACGUUUUGAUCUCUAUUGCGACCGGGGACAAGCCAGACCUUCUCUCGCAACCGUCCGCAAGACCACGACUUCCAAGACAGGGUGUCACUGGCGAGGCGCUGCUAAAGCCUUGAAGGAGAACGACAGGCAGUGGACUUUCGAGAUCGCCAACCAGAACCAUAACCACGACACCAGCGGAGAGAAUCGGGCAGAGCUGACCACUCACGCCGUCCAUCGGGGACUGUCAGACGCGAUGAAGAAGGACGUGGCGGCCCUGUCUCUGAAUCCCGCCCAACGUCCUAGAGACAUCGUCUUAUUCCUUCAGAAGCGCUACCCUCACACUGUCUUCACGACUAAGGAUGUAACCAAUUACCGGGAACGGCUGCAACGGGACAAACUCGACGGACACAACCCAACUCAAGCCCUGAUCAAGAUUCUCGAGGAGCAUGAUAUCGAUCAUGUCGUUCGGUAUUCUCCGGAGGACGUUGAUAAGGUGAUAGGUCUAUUCUGGACUUAUCCCUGGUGCCUGGAGAUGUGGAAACGGUUCUCAACAGUCCUUCAUUUGGACAACACCUACCAAACUAACCGCUUCAAGAUGCCGUUAUUCCAGGUGACAGGCGUCACGAACGUAUCUACCAACUUCAACGUAGCCUUCGGCCUGGUGGAUAACGAGAGAGAAGACGGCUUCACUUGGUUGAUGCAUCAGCUUCAGGCAUUGCGUCUAAAGCACGACGUCCCCAUCCCAGAAGUCAUCAUCACCGAUUUCGAGAAGGCUCUAAAGAACGCCCUCAAAGCAGUCUUUCCCCAUGUUCAGCAACAGAUCUGUCUGUUUCAUGUCAACCGCAACGUUGUCCUCAACUUCAAGCGCAAGUGGAAAGAGCUAGCCAACCCCAACACGGCAAACACGCGGGAUGAAGCCACGGCAGACCCGAUGCUUCUCGACGAAGAAGAUCAGCUGACUUUGUCUCUCCUCAACGCUCCUGCCCGGGAUGACGAGACAGGUGAAGCCAUUGCCGGCACCGAAUCAGGCAUAAGACUCCCGAGCCCUGAGGAGUUGCCCCAUACCAAGGCCGGCCUAUAUGUCUUGUGGAAGUUCAUGGUCUAUACAACCAGUGAAGAAGACUUCGAGAAGGCGUGGACCCAGCUGAAAGAGUCGUUCUCUGAUCAGCAGAGCAUCGUUGCCUACCUUGAAGAGCGGUAUAUGCCGUACAAGGAGGAGUGGGCUGGGCCUUGGGUGUCCUGGUACCGCAACUUCGGCCAGCGUACCACGUCGCCCACGGAGUCUUCUCAUCGGGAGCUGAAGGGAUAUCUCAUCAGUGGUCUCUCCUCUCUCUUCAAAAUCCAUGAAGUCAUUAAGGAGAUGCUUCAAGCCAAGAAAGUCACUUUCACGGAGAAGAUCGCAGCCCAGAAGAACCGCCAGCGUUAUGAAUAUACCGGGAGAAGUUUUGAGUGGCUUGGGGCCACAACUCGGGAGGUCUGCUACAAGGCGAUCAACAAGGUGAACGAACAAAAGAAACGGGUGGUUGCCGCUGGAUUAGGCCGGUCGCCACCACUCCCUCCUUGUUCAGGGCGCUUUACGCAGCAGUGGGGGCUUCCCUGCACCCACAAGCUACAGGAGAAACUCAGCGCGGAAGGAGUUCUCACGAAGGCCGAUUUCGCCCCUUUUUGGUGGUUGGAGAGAUCCCUGGAGGCAGAGUACCCCUUUCUCCGCCUAAAAGAGCCAGACGUAAUCACGGCCGUAAAGGGACGGCCUCGCGGGAUGGGGCCAUUUGCAACGCCCUCCUCUUCGGCGCUUCCUUCUUUGACACCUCACUCCUCGAUGCCGGCAGCCGGAGGGAGACCGGUUUCGUCCUCCAGGCUGAAUCCCCGGCCAACGAAGCCGUCGGUUCGGCGCCGGGCCUCCGAAUGGGAAUCGGAGGACCUAGCCGAGGUAGAAGGACCUCCGGCGUCGAAGCGAGGCCGGAAUAACAAAUCCAAAAGGUCGGCAGUGAAGGCCGUCCCGGCAACGGCCCCAAUUUCACGGCAGGAGGUGCGGCAACAGGAGGUUACGCAAGACAGCGUAGAGAACUGCAUUCACGUGGCAGUCCGAGGCAGUAUUGAGAGUUUUGCGUAUUUUCCUGAAUCAGGGCUUGAAGAACUUCUUGGUAUUCAGAAGAAGGGUGUAAACACUAUUUUUAAGGAUUCAGUGAGGGCGGAGCUAUAG